CGCGCGCCCGCCGCCCCGCCCUCCGGUCCGGCAGGAUCCCUCGCCGCGGGGCCCUGCGGGGGCCCGGCCCGCACCGCAGCCUCCGGGUCCCGGGGCCCGGCUGCGACCCCCCCGCAGCAGCGGCGGGGCGGGGUGGGGGGGCCCGCGGGAAGAUGGCGACGCCGGGGAGCGAACCCCAGGCUUUCGUCCCUGCCCUGUCCGCCGCUGCGCUGCACCCUCAGCAUCACGCCCACCAGCAGCACCAGCACCAGCACCAGCAGCACCACGGAGGCACCGCCGCGGGCAGCGGGGUCGCGGGCGGCGGCGGCGGCGGCGGCGGCGGCGGCUUCAACCUGCCCUUGAACCGGGGGCUGGAGCGCGCGCUGGAGGAAGCGGCCAAUUCCGGGGGGCUGAACCUCAGCGCCCGGAAACUGAAGGAAUUUCCCAGGACCGCGGCCCCGGGGCACGACCUCUCGGACACGGUGCAGGCAGAUUUAUCUAAAAACAGACUGGUCGAAGUCCCAAUGGAAUUGUGCCAUUUCGUAUCACUGGAAAUUCUUAAUCUGUACCAUAAUUGCAUCAGAGUCAUUCCUGAGACCAUCAUUAAUCUGCAAAUGCUGACUUACUUAAACUUGAGUCGGAAUCAGCUGUCUGCCCUGCCUGCCUGCCUGUGUGGUCUGCCUCUCAAAGUCUUAAUCGCAAGUAACAACAAACUUGGGUCGCUGCCAGAGGAGAUAGGUCAGCUCAAACAGUUGAUGGAGUUGGACGUCAGCUGCAAUGAGAUCACAGCCUUGCCCCAGCAGAUAGGUCAAUUGAAAUCUCUACGGGAACUGAAUGUCAGAAGAAAUUACCUUAAAGUUUUACCACAAGAACUAGUAGAUCUUCCCUUGGUAAAGUUUGACUUUUCCUGCAAUAAAGUGCUCGUGAUUCCCAUUUGUUUUAGAGAGAUGAAACAGCUGCAAGUAUUACUACUUGAGAACAACCCUUUGCAGUCUCCUCCAGCACAGAUUUGCACAAAGGGCAAAGUGCACAUAUUCAAGUACCUGAGUAUACAAGCCUGUCAGAUUAAGACAACCGAUUCCCUUUAUCUCCAAACGAUGGAGAGGCCACAUUUACAGCAGCACGUGGAGGACAGCAAGAAGGAUUCUGAUUCGGGUGUUGGAAGUGAUAAUGGAGAUAAGCGUUUAUCUGCCACGGAGCCUUCUGAUGAAGACACUGUUAGCCUCAAUGUGCCAAUGUCAAAUAUCAUGGAAGAAGAACAGAUCAUCAAGGAGGACUCAUGCCAUCGCCUUAGCCCAGUUAAAGGGGACUUUAAUCAGGAAUUUCAACCAGAGCCUUCCCUUUUGGGUGAUAAUGACAACUCAGGAGAAGAAAGAGACCAAUUUACUGAUGGAACAGAUGUUCUCCGUUCCGAAUUCAUAACCUAUAUUAAGGAUAGGACAGAGGACUGUGAAGAACUGCUACGGAUAGAAGAGGACACGCACUGGCAGCCUGAGGGAAUAGUAAGUUCAUCCAAAGACCAGGACAUGGAUAUAGCGAUGAUUGAACAGCUGAGAGAAGCAGUAGAUUUGCUGCAAGAUCCCAACAGAUUAAGCGCGGAUAUUACAGAGAGAAAUGUUGUAAACUUUUAUCCUAUGGAAUCAGCAGAAGCCUUAGACUUACAAGAUUCUGCACUCAAUGGUCAAAUACAACUGGAGACGUCUCCGGAGUGUGAGGUGCAAAAUGAUCUAACAUUACAGAGCAACGGGAGCGAGUAUUCUCCAAAUGAGAUUAGAGUGAACUCCCCUGCAGUCUCUCCUACCAGCAACAGCACAGCUCCAUUUGGCCUGAAGCCUCGAUCAGACCCAGCCCUCACUCUUCCUCCUAUCUCCUUCAACAAACUUACACAGGCACAAACAUGGGACAGCUCUAGCUACAGCGUUCCAUCUGAAGGAGACAGUGACAAUGUGUUUCUAAGACCUCAGAGAAAUUUGGAAUCUAUAGACCCACAGUUUACAAUUCGGAGGAAAAUGGAACAGAUGAGAGAGGAGAAGGAAUUGCUGGAUCAACUCCGUGAGAGCAUCGAGAUGAGACUCAAGGUCAGCCUACACGAAGACCUGGGGGCCGCCCUCAUGGAUGGCGUGGUCCUCUGCCACCUGGUCAAUCACAUCCGCCCGCGAUCCGUCGCAAGCAUCCACGUCCCUUCCCCAGCAGUCCCCAAACUUAGCAUGGCCAAAUGCAGAAGAAACGUGGAAAACUUUUUGGAAGCAUGCCGAAAAUUAGGAGUGCCAGAGGCCGACCUGUGCUCUCCGUGUGACGUCCUGCAGUUGGACUUCCGUCACAUUCGAAAGACUGUUGGCGCUCUGCUGGCACUUGGGGACAAAGCCCCACGACCGAGCUCUGCCCUCCGCUCCAGGGACCUUCUGAGCUUCUGUCUUGUCCAUAUUCUCUUUGUCAUUCUGGCCUUGGUCACUUACCGCUGGAGCGUUCUGGCCGCCUAGCGUCUGCACGCGCCCCCCGAUCCGUCUCGGGGACCCCCCCCGCCCCCAGUGACCCAUUAGCCGGCUCUCGGGCCAGCCGCCAGGUGCCAGGCCCAGGCUUCCUCCCUCCCGCUGGCCAGGGGGGAGCCGAAGAGGGUUCCAGAACAGGAGCAGAGGGGCUCUAUCAGCGCAUGGAGAAUGUUUGGAUGAACAUUCAAACUUCAUUAAGACAUGUGCAAUAUGGCAAUUUUACUGGGGGUUUUAACCCUAUCUAAGAUAUGAUUGCUUGCUGGGGCUUAGCAACAGGGUCCAGCUCACAUUUAGCACUAAUUAAAUACUUGAUUGAAUAAAUGCAAUUCCAAACAAAAUACAUUCAAAUGCUUUCUAAAAAAAAAAAAAUCAAUAUUUAAAGGCCUUUCUAUUCUGGCUAAUGACAAACACAAUAAGGGCAGAUAUAAUUGGCUGAUUUUAUACAGCACUUACAUCUUUUAGUCCACAAGUAUAUUAUUAAAUGAUAGAGAACAUCUAAUACAACCAUUUCUACAGAACUAGGAAAUACAUUUCUAAGAAAGAAAGAUUUUACAGACCCCAUCUUUUACACCCAACCCCAACAGUCUACUCCAGCACUUGGCCGUCGAGGUGUAGGAGGGCCGGCUGGCGGAGGAGCUCCGAGGCUGGCAUGGGGCCCCCAGUUCGGCUCAUAAUUGUAAGAAUCCCCUGAUGGACAAGCUGAAAGAGCCCAUCGCGACUGCCUGCCUGGCUGGCCAUGCGGCUGGAUUCCUCCCUGCUUCCUGCAGCCGGGGCUGGGAGGGUGGCUCCCCUCCACCCAAGGGAGCCCCUCUGCCCUACAGCAUGACCCCCCCUCCAGCUGUGCAGUGGGCCACAAGGGAUCAAGGGUCCCUUGCUGUCAGAGCACCCCCUGGAGGCUUCGCUUGCAGGUCACCUCGCGCGUAUUUUUACUUUUUGCUCCUUGUUAGGUCUGCCCUGAGCUCUAAGGAAAGCAUGUUUCCGGAGGGGAUUUCUAUUUUUAAGUACAGUCAUGGGUCGUUUUGGUUUUUUGGCUCCAUCACAUUGUAACUGCAGGUCAAGAGUGUGAUGGAUUUGACUGUAUUUUCUUUCAAAUAAAGCCAUGAGUCAUGGAACAUUCUUGAUCCUAGGACUUGGGUCACGGUGGCCGGAGCCAACAAUAAGAUUGGCUCUUAUUUUAGAAGAAUGUAGUUUCCCCAACAACGUGAAAUUUCCCUCGAGCCUUUGAUGCCCAGUGACAUUAGCAAGCUGCUCCUGUCUUGAGGAAGCUUACAGGGUCACCUAGUAACUCUAUCUGCUUUGGGAGCAAAGUGAUCCGUUUGUAACUAAAAGAAAAGAGAAAAAAAAACAUUAGAAUCUUGUCUUGGCCAAGACAUUCCUGGUUCUGGGAUGUCUCUUCCUAACAUGAGUAGGCCCUCCUCCGUGGCUCAGUUCUCCCUACGCUCCACCUUACAUCCAGUUGCCAAAUACUAUUCAUUUCUUCGCUUUGGGAGAUGAUUACGUUAACUUCUUCGAGAUAAGUUUCUAGCUUACUGAGAUGUGAAGAGUCUAUGUCGACGGCUGCUAAGAAGAUAAUUGUAUUUUUCCGAACACUUCCACGAGCCCAGAGGGACUUGAGAAUAUGGAAAACCCACAUAGUCAGAAGACUAUUUAUACGUAUUCUUUGUGGCUAAAUCUUAGGUCAGGUUUUCUAACAGGUAACGUUCUUUAGGUGAAAGCACCUUGUUGGGUUACCUGAGCGGUUUCCCUCCUGAUUCUGUGUUGACUGGGGGAAAUACAAGGGGUGUGGACGUGACCCUGUUAACCUGGGCUGUGUGUAAGGAACCCACAAGAUGUACUCAACCAUUGUGGGCGCCACCUUGUGCUCUUCCACCUGUAACACAAUAAAGUCCCUUUGUGCAAAGUCUCACGCGCACCCUGAGCCAUAAGUUGUCUUCAUAAAUACGUUUCGGGUGAUUAUUCCACGUUUCCAUCAGCCCACACCGAUACGCUGAUUUGCACCCCACCCAGAGCAGCUCUGCGCUUCCAUCUGGCUCUGCAGUGCUCUGAGGCCUCCCUUAAUGAUGGCUUCUGUUGGGUUUUGCUUUUUUUCUUCUUUGGGAGGGGUGGGAAGAAGAGAGCAGACUCACAGGGUGGCACCUGCAAGAAAAUUCUAUCCAUAGCAACUGGGUAGAGCAAUCACGUGAGAUCAGAUUUAAUUUUCAGUGUUGACUUGACAUCAUUCUUGGGCUAUGUUCGUAUUUCAGCUCUGGCUCAAAGGAUUCUCUGGAUGCACUUUCAUUUCUCAUGUCGUUAAUGUAUUUGUAUCCUACCGUGCUGCCCCUCUUGGGGUCUGUUGGAUGGUAUCUCUCUCUCUCUCUCUCUCUCUCUUUAAAUCAACCAGCAGAACACAAUUAAUUUAGCCCUUUGGGCACAACUUGGAAUGAACUGUCUUGUCCAUUGUCAGGCUGUUCAUUUCUACUCAGAAUAUUAGGCCUCGCCAUGGUUCUUCCCCGAGGUACCACCCACCAGCUUGUGUGCUUGCGUGAUGUCUUGCUGUCGGAGAGCUGCUCGGGGAUUUAGUUGUGUGAUUGAGAUGUGCACCCCGAAUCUCCUUCCUCACAUGAGAAACACCAUUCUCCCACUACUUCCUUCCAGUGUCUGAUAAAAAGAACCACCUGUUUAUUCAUAUCCUUUCUUUGAAAUAGAAGAUUGGCUUUCUCCAGCUCCUCCAGUUGCUGGCAGGUCACCACUCAAGUGUCAGGAUUUCCACAGUGCGUCACAGCUGAUGUAUGGAUUGUUCCCUCUGGGUGUUUUUUUUUUUUUUUAAGAUUUUAUUUAUUUAUUCAUCAGAGACACAGAGAGAGGCAGAGACACAGGCAGAGGGAGAAGCAGGCUCCAUGUAGGGAGCCCGAUGUGGGACUCGAUCCUGGGACCCCGGGGUCACGACCCGAGCCGGAGGCAGAUGCUCCACCGCUGAGCCCCCCGGUGCUCCUGUUCCCUCUGUUUAUGGAUUUGUGGUUCACACGCGGCUCGCUGUUCUGGGCAAGACACUUAGGGAACGAGGCUGGUGGAGAGAAGGCCCUGCAGAACCGAACGUAAGACAGCUGAGUAGGAAUUGCACCAAGGAGAUAGGAGAAACUGUGCCUCCCCCAUCACAUCCUUGAAGAGAAAGGCCUGGUCAAGGUGGGCAUCACCGUUCAAGCGUUGCUAGAUGUAGCGGUAACGAAGGCUCUGUUCACAUGAAGCCAGCUGCUCUCCUCUGGGUCGGUUCGGACUCCCCUCUCUUCAGAGAUCCUGCACUCUGCUCUCAGCACCUGCUCUCCUAGCCUCCCGCCCACUGCCUGUCAGGUCCCUGGCUCUAGAUGCAUUGGAGGGAGGACGUGAGGGGACAUUUUUCUGCUUUUCAGAACUGGCCUCCAGUGUUAAGAUAGGAGAGAUACGUACCUUGAAGCCAGGGAGGGAGCUAUCUGUGAAGAACUGAGCAGCACAUCAAUGCCUUUUACAACCUCCUUCAUCCCUUCCACGCUCACCUACUGCCAUUACCAAAACACCAAGCACAACCGUUCUUUGCAACAAGAUGCAUUUGUUUUACUCAAACCAAACUUGUUGGGUAUUUAGUGGGGGGAGGGGGACUCCAUCAGGUUUUUCACCACCAAAUUUUUCAAGACGUUUCUUGAGACCAUUGCCUUUUAAAAAACUAUUUUCGACAUACAAAAAUAUUUAUAUGAAUAUUAUUUAUUAGUGAGUUCUUAUUCAUCCUUUGGAUGCAAAUUGUAAAUUAGGAAACUAUUUUAUUACUGCUUUUUUGUGGUUAAACACUUUAUUUUAAUAUUAUAAAUACUGAAUUAUUUUCUAUCCUCUUUGGUGUGCAGUAGUUCUAGGUCUCAGUAAUCAUGUUUUCUGGUGUAUGUGACUCCGCAAAAAAAAAAAAAAUUAUGCCAAAAAUAGGUGCUUCUGUGAUAAGAACUAUUUUCUGGGGAGGCAUUAUUUACACUUUGGUUUAUGGAACAUUGGUUUUAUUUAUAUUUCUGCAUUCCAUCCAGUUUCCUACAUUCCAGCAGCCCUGUUGUCCUCUCAUAUAAUGAACUGACUGAAAUCAAGAGAGCACCCCAAAGUUAUUUGUAAAUAGCUGUGAUGGAAAAAAAAAAGGCACAUUAAACUUGAAGACGAAAUGUGAACAAUUAUUUUUUUUUUUGGAUUCAGACUUAUUUUGCUAUGCACAAAACAUUCACGUUUUUUAACACAAAGAAGUAAUAAGUGUUAGCGUCCUGUGUCUUGAAGUAUAAGUUUUGCACUGUAACCUGGCUAAUGAAAGAAAGUCUGGCACCAAAGGUAAAUGAUAAGGAAAUGGUAUAGGAAAGUAGAGAGAAAUAAAAAGUUUAUUGUUUAACCAAAAAGUUUGUGUAAGGACAGCUUUGACCGAGUGAGCGAGAACGCAUAUGGCACAUAAGGACCCGGAUCAGGAAACCAGCACUUCUCACGACUGCCACUCUUAAGAGAGGAAACGAUGUCAGAGACGCAGACGUGCCCGUUUUACUGUAACUUGGUUGGCGGCUCCCGUAGAGCGCUGCAAGCCUCACUGUGGCUGGUGUGAAAGCACAGAAGUGAGUCAGCCGGUCGGCGGGGCGGCUGCCAGCCACCCCAGGGCAGGCUUAGGGGAAGGCUAGGGCGGUGGCGUUUAGAGACCCAGUGGCCUAGAGAGGAGGAGGUUCAGUCAAAACACGCCUAGAGAGGAUCCAGCAAAGGGAAGGGGCCUGUGUUGGCUCCAGGGAUUCCCAUAAGGCGUCUCAGACACCACCGCCUGUUUUCGGCGGUUUGCACGCGAUCUUCGCCCCACAGUGACUCAUCCCCCGGUCAUUGGUCUUUUAAAGUCUUGUGAAGGCUGACUGCAGCUUCCCUUCUGUGAAAAGCCACCCUCAGUUUUGAGAGCAGCAGCUGCCACAUUUUAUAAGACAAAUACAAGGGUGAACGCAAAACACAAGACACCAGGAGGAUGGUUUGCAUUGAACACAGGCUAACACGAGUCGACGCCCCGGCCGCCCUCCUCUGUGGGCGAGCAGCGGGGCCACCGGAGAUGCUCACUUGGCUUGGCAGCUAGCAGUUAUUUCCUAUCAAACGUACUGUGCACUUUAACCUAACUUAAAAUAUAUUUUAAUAUUUUCUGUACUGCACAAAAAUACCUGUUUUGUCAAAUAGCGUAAUGAUGUAUAAAAAAAAAAAGGCAUUUUGGGCAAAGAGCGUAUUCACUGUCAACAACAUGCAAAGGUCGAUGUAGAAAUAGGAAUUCAGAUCGCCGCGCCUUGAGGGACAUUCAGAACGCAGGGUCCUGAAAUAUUUUUUUAUGUGUAUAUAUAUAUGGCAAACAUGAAGCUCUGUAAUCCUUGUUCUUAGAGAUUUUUUUUCCGAAAUUAAAAUAUUUCUCUCGAUAUUAAUCUUCAGUAUUUUUCUUACAGUUGGCUGUAUAAUGCAAAUGGCUUCAAUAUUUUUGUGCAAUGGCUUUUUGCCUCUUCAGUGCUAGUCCUUGUAUGGCUAAGACGUCUUCAAGAUGCCUGUACACUGUCUAUAUGUGCAAUAAGACGUGCAUGGCCAGCUGAGAGUACCGUCAGCGGACGGAAUGUACAUAGUGCAAAUAUCCUUUCUUUUAUUAUUUAACAGCCAUUAAAACUUUGAAUUUGUACAAAC